AUGUCCCGUUCAUGCUCUCCACAAAGGGUAAAGAAUGGCCUUGGUCAAAAGGACAGGCACCGUGGGCCUCAGAGUCCUACGCAUUGUUUGUUGUUACACUCGUUUGAGGAAUGCGGCGAUUUACCCGUGACAUGUGUAACGGAUGGGAGCAUUUCACCUGGGCCUUAUGGGCAACUGCAGGACGUAAUACCUUUUUAUGGAAAUAAGAAGGGGAAUGUAAAGGCAUUUCAGUUUUGGAAUGGAAGAACUAUAGCAACUGCGGGGCAAAGAAAGAUGGCGUCAGUGACCGCAUUACUUUUAAUCCCUGGGCGCUCUUUGUUGUGGUGCGGCGACGAAAAGGGCGUCGUCACGGUUUUUAGACUCCCUGCCAAGGAGGGGUGGAUACAUGGCGAGUUAUUUUUUUGGGACGGUACCCUCUGUGGCGCGGAUCACCCUGCUUCCGUCACCUGCUUUGCUGCAGAUGGUAAUAAUUUUGUUUACAGUGGAUCUGCCGACGGCACCAUUUUUUCAUGGUCGAUGGGGGAUUCAUUUGAGUUUGCCGGGAAGGUUGGCCAACACACAGGGGAAUUGGCGCAAAUGGUCCUUGUGUGUGACGAUUACCUUGUCUCGGUGGGCUCAGCUUCUGCGAUGGUGCAUGUUUGGCCUCUUGGUAACAAAAGAGUUGAGCAGGAACCAUUUGCUCUCAAGGGUCACUUGGGGGGUGUACUUAGUUGCCUUUAUGUUGGAAAAUGGUGCGGUGGAGGAGGUCUUCUUUGGAGUGCUGGGGAAGAUUGUUUUAUUCAUGUGUGGGAUGUCAACAACCCCGUGCAUUUUGGCUGCCGCAUUAAUUGUAGGGAUGCGGAGAAUGGGGAGAUGAUGGACGAUCACACCCUUUUUGGGGUGAGGGAAGAAGAGGAAGAAGUGAGAGCGGGGUUGGCAGAGUCUCUGGGAAGGGAAGAUGACUCUCUUCAGGUCAACUCGCUUCGGUUGCUUGUUGGGCACAAGGAACCAGUUGUUGCACUAAGUGCGGCCUCCGGCAUACUUUUUUCCUGUGAUACUUCCGGUUUGAUUCUAGCGUGGAAUCCGGAGCGUUAUUGGCUGCUACAUGCCUUUACCGUGCCUCGCGGUGAACGUUUAAUUCAGUCUCCAUCAAAUGUCCUCGCUGACAGAGGCAAAUCUGUUCUGGUUGAGGCGGUCCGUGGGGCGCAUUGCCUUGGAUUCAUAGAGGGAUUCUGUUGGAUUAUUGACACUGCUAGAGGUCCACGGUGCAUUUACAUGCCCAGCCAUACAAGCAUGAAGAAGUUACUGUGUAACGGAAAUACGGAUGCUUCCCCUUUUUCUGGUGAGCGUGCAGUUUCGACUGCGUUCAUGCAUUUGAAGGAGACGUUUACGCACGAUACCGUAAGUCUUUUUCUGCAGUAUAUAGAAUUUCAUGCUGAGGUCUUUGUUCAUGCGGCAGCGGUUUUGCUGCAGUGGGAUAUGCCGCCGCAGUGUGGUUCCUGUUCUCUGGGAAGCAUCGCCCAAACCUUUUUGCCUGGAGGGCCUAACAAAAGAUGCGGGCAAACCGUCUCUGCUUUAAUGCCUCGAUCACCGUGUGAGAGGUGUGCGGAGAUGCACGAUCUUCAGACCGCACGCAGGGCGGUGGAAGAUGAACGCGGGUUGUUUGCCGCGCAACGGCAGAAAGAAGAGGAGCGGUGGCGUAUGGAACGUCAAAGUCUGAAUGAAGAGGCAAUUCGUUUGGAAGAACGAGCCGAGGUGCUGGACCGCCUCCAGACGACUCUCCUGGAGAAGGAAAGGCGGCAAGAAUACAUAGUAAAAGAGCAUGAGGAGCUUUUGCGUUCUCUGAAAAAGCGAGAUCGAGAUCGAGAACGGCAGCUAGCACGCGUUAGUACUGAACUUGCGUUUCUUCGGUUGAAAUACGCUGACUGGGGUGGUGUCAGGGAGAGCGGUAUGUGA